AAUCGAGUACUCGCAACACUGUUUAGUGACUAAAGAAUUGAGAAUCAUGGACACGUGGUUAUUUUUGGAAAGUUAAAUUUUAUUUUUGUUAAGUAUACGUGAUCGUGACUUGUGAAUUUACUCAACUUAUCCCCGUUUAAAGCAUUGCAGACUUCGCCAAAUCCUUCAGAUGACAGGUUUUGAAAAGUAUGCCAAAUUCUUCAUAUACUUGGUACUGGUUUGUCUGUGAGGAGGUGUGUCUCUCCACUGCUGAUACGUGGUUUAAAAUACCUUUUACUUAUGACGAAUAAGAGGCAAGGAUUGACGAAGAAAACAAAUUUACCAUCAAAGGUUCAACAUCAAGGGAGCAAAAUGAGCAAAGUUGUGAAUUUUUACUCUGUGGGCCUAGUUUGCUCACUGAGCAUGGCCCUCGUGGCGUACCAAUACAGUGGAACAUCAAUGGAAGAUGUGGGAGAACAAAUAGCCCUCAAACUCCUGGAGAUCUUGCCACGAAAGCAACAAGAAAACUUCGACUCCUUUCCCACCUCGAGUAGCAAUGAUUCAGAUGAGGUCAAUCCUCGACAAAGAGUGGUUACCGAAACGGAGGAUGCGAUCCUGUUGACUAAGGAGUCUAAAUUCAAUCCCGUGGGUCACUACAAUGCCAAGCAAGCUAUGGAGAAACGAUAUGAAGGCCUGCAGAACAUUUGCAUGAAGUAUAGCGACUUCAUGAGACCCGAGCGAGCGAUGCUGAGCCAAGUUGUUCCAUAUGAGAGAUACAUCUAUGAUCCCCAAUCUGAUCUUGCCAUGUGCAAGUUGGACCGUGUGGCUAAAGCAAGCUUCGUUACCUUCUUCAAUCGUGGAUAUGUCGGAGGUACGACCGUAGAUGGCAAGAAGAGUAACUUCAAGAGCAAUUUUCCCAGAUCCCUUAAAGAUGCCAGGAAAGCCAUUAUUGUUCGACAUCCUUUGGAGCGGCUGGUUUCUGCCUACAGGUCCAAAUACGAAAAAGUCUUCAAUGCCCACACCAAUGAAGAAGAAGGGGGCGAAAUCACUUUCCAAGAUUUCGUAGAUAUCAUCUUGAGAGGACCCAUGGAGUACGCUGAAUUUUUGGAAGAAAACAACCUUCAUGGACAAUCGGUAGCUAUAGAUACCGGUAUGAUUGAUGGCCUUGGCGAUAGCGCUGCUUGGGAUCCAUAUUGGAAACAAUGUGGCGUCUGCAACCCUCUUAAUCAACCUCAUUAUAUUCUGCAUUUGGAUCACAUCAAGGAGGAUUCUAAAGUUUUCGCCGAAUUGUUAGGCAAUCGCAGUGGUCAACUGGAUUGGACUGAAACUCUGUGGCAACCAAAGUCUGGAAUCCGGGAGAUAGAGGAGCAUUACUUCUCCCAGAUCUCGAAAAACGACAUCCGUGACCUUUUUGACAAAUAUCGACUCGACCAUGAACUCUUUGGUUUUUCCCCAGACUAUUACAUUGCUCUUGGACAGGACAGCUAAACAAAACAAUUUCGACUAAAUAUUAUCCAUGACUGCGAGACACCACUGUGACAUACCAAAUUUUACUGACAAUGGUUUGUGCAAUAUCUCACUCAUCAUAUUCAUAGACCGGCUUUUCUGACUCCAAUCGACAAACUUGGGCAUCACUUUACGGACCAACCAACUUUUUGUUACUUUUAUUGCAGUAUUAAUGGCGAGAUGCAGACGCUUACAUACGAAAUAAAUUGUUGACAGACUGCCAUGACCUUGACGUAAACACCGACUUCAGGACAAAAAACAACAACUCAUUUUGCAUCCUCCUAAUGCAUACUUGACAAAGACAUGAAUGUCAUUCACAGUCCUAUGUUUAAUUGAAUCAAAAGUGAUGUUUUCGGUGGACAGAAUGUGUUUUCGUUCUCUGAUCAUUUUCGUUCAGGGAUAAUAUUCGGUUGUGGAAUUAAAACGGCUCAAGGUGUUACCUUGGUUUAUGUUUGCUCACGAGCUUCCAUCUUGAGCCCAAACUGGA